GAUGACCAAAGAGCACGCUAAUCUUCAAGACAAAGCAAUCACAGGUAGCGAAGGCGUCGUCUUCCUCAAAGACAAAUACAAUGGGUGGCGAUGGCAAGAUCAGCACCAUGGACAAAGACUUCUGAAUGGAAUCUACCUCGUAGGUGAGGAUCGAUUCAACAACAAGUUCAUUGACACGUUGGUAAAGAACGGAUUGGACAGAAAUGUACCAUCACCAUCAUCAUUACUUCAUGUGCUACAACAGAUGAGAGAUACAGAACAUUUGUGUGACGUGGUGUUACGAGUACGAGACGAGUACGGGACAGUGAAGGAGGUUCUGCGGUGUCACAGGGCCGUCCUCGCCGCCUGCAGCCCGUACUUCAAAGCGAUGCUGUUCGGGAGGUUCCGAGAAGGACAAGCAAAGGAGGUCACUUUUAAAGACAUCUCUUGUGAAACACUUCGCCAACUUGUGAACUACGUCUACACCGGUGUUGUCACAUUCACUGCGAGGAACGUAGAGUUGUUCUUCCACGCGAGUUCGAUGUUUCAGCUGCCUUUCCUCACAGAUGCAUGCUGCAAAUACAUGGUGCACAACAUGAACAUAAGCCACUGCCUCGAGCUUUUCCACUUCGCUAAGACGCACUUUUGUGAGGAGCUCGCCAGGGAGGCCAAGCACUUUGCUUUGAAAAAUUUGCCUGACGUCAUCUCCCAUGGCGACAUUGAGGGUUUGACGGCUGAAGAGCUGGUAGAAGUACUCAACGAUGACAGCCACAUGUGGGGUGGGGAAACUUUGUUGGAAGGUGUUGUACGGUGGCUGUUUUGGAACACAAACAAUAGAGGAGACGUCCUACAAUCUUUACUACAGAAGCUUCAGAUUGAUAUUACAUUGAUGAACAAAGGCUUUCUCAAGUUCAUAAUGACGACCGAGAUUGGCAUAAAAAAUUCGCUACGAUUCAGGGAAGUCCUGGAAGAAGCCGUGGAGAAAAUAAAGGCGUUGGAGUUGGAGUUAACCGGACAUGAAGUUGUUUUGCAGAUUGGUGGUGUGAGUGGAAGUGAGCUUGCGGACCACAGCUGUAAGAGAAUUCAUUACAUUGACUGCUUCGAUUCUAAGACCAACGCCUGCGCCACCGUUACUGAGCUACCGCAGCGUCUGCUCCAAGCGCAGUUCAACACGACUGUCCUAGAGAACGAUGUGUACGUUGUGGCAACCUUUCCCUGUAGACAAAAUAAAGACAGCGAAGUGUGGAAGUACUCGUGCAUGCACGACAUCUGGCGACGUUUGCCCGAUCUGCUAGAGUCACACGGCUGGGAUUUUUUGCUCCAUGCCGCAGACAGGAAGGUGUAUGCCCUUGGAAGCGGACGGAUUCUGAAGUCGUCGGAAAAAUGUUACGAAGCCUUUGACCAUGUCGCAAACAAGUGGGGGCGAAUCGAACCAGUACCUGAGACAGUUGAGAAAGCCUGCGUUGCAGCCUGCAUGGGGAAGCUCUAUGUCAUGGGACACUGGGGACAAGCCCAAUUUCUUGUGCAAAUACACAAACAGGACAGUCAAAGUUGGCAAUCUUUAGUAUAUCCUGCGUUCCACGGCUGCAAGAUACAGUACCACACAGCCACGCUAGGGGGCAUGAUCUACAUGAUGCCGCUAUAUGCCACACGUCAGGACUAUAUGUGCGCCUACAACACGGAAAAUAAUCUGUUUGAAAAAGUGUUCCUGCCUACGAAUAAGCGGUUGCAGUGUGGCAUGACUGCCACAGAUGAUAGCAUCAUCGUUACGGGCGGGAGGGAACUACUUUCUCCUGACUACGCUACGGGGAAUGUAGAGGUGUUUCGGCCGGCGGAGGGAUGUUGGAAGAUUGUCGGAAGACAAUCGGGUCUGAUCCGAAGAGGCCACACCUGUGUGACGGUCAAUGGCCCGAGCUGGAUGCUAGACAGGUUGGACAAGGCAAGCGAAAAGAGAAACAUGACUGGGAAUGAGGAGAGUGGCCAGGGAUCAGGGGAAACCGUUACUAGUAACUAA